CGCUCGCCACAUUCAUGCUCGGAACUCAAAGCUAAAAACCUCCGGAAAUAUUUCACUGGAACACGCGCCUGCUAACGUAAACAACAAGGUCAAUGUUUAUAUUUUUAUGAGUUUUUUUACAGCAUGGCUUCGACGUCAGACGCCGAAGAUGUGGAAGUGAGCCGAACUCGCCUGUGCGAAGAGUUUGCCGGCGUGGCGGGCACCGAUUGCGGCGUGGCGCAGUGCUACCUGGCGGAGAACGACUGGAACGUCCAGAGAGCGCUGAACUCUUUCUUCGAGGCCGACAUGGAGAAAGUGUUUGAAGAUGAGUGGAUCUCAAAGCAGGAGCCUUCAACCAAGGAACACAAAGUGGAGGAGAAAGCUCCUGUUGCAGAAAGCAUCGACUUAACGACAGACAGUCCCAACUCGUCCCGUCAAUCCACGAAGGAUGAUGACGGCGGCUCAGGAUUGACGAUAAUCUCAUGGAACGUGGAUGGUCUGGACACAGAGAACCUGCUUGAGCGCGCUCGAGGCUUGUGCUCCUACUUGGCAGACUACACUCCUGACGUGGUGUUCCUGCAAGAGCUCAUUCCGCCCUAUGUGCAGUAUUUGAAGAAACGCGCCGUCAGCUACACGAUUAUUCAAGGGGGCGAAGAUGGCUACUUCACCGGCAUGAUGCUGAAGAAGACGCGUGUCAAGCUGCUGGAAAGCCAAAUCGUGGCUUACCCCACCACUAAGAUGAUGAGGAAUCUGCUCAUGGCGCAGGUGGCGGUAAGGGGCGCUACGGUGUGGCUGAUGACGUCUCACCUGGAAAGCUGCAAGGAGCAUUCUGGCGAGCGCAUGACACAGCUGCGCGAGGUGAUGCGACGGAUGCACAAGGCGCCCGACGAUGUCAGCGUGGUGUUCGCCGGCGACACCAACCUGCGCGACUCCGAGGUGACAGUGGUGGGCCUGCCCCCUGCCGUGUGCGACGUGUGGGAGCAACUGGGGAGCCGGGAGCACUGCCGCUAUACGUGGGAUACCCGCGCCAACUCCAACAAGAACGUGCGCUACGUCAGCCGCUGCCGUUUCGACCGCAUCUACCUGCGGCCGGCGUGCCGACCCAACGCGCCCCGCCUGGUGCCCGACCACAUGAUGCUGGUGGGCUUGGAGAAGCUGGACUGCGGCCGCUUCACCAGUGACCACUGGGGGAUCUACUGCAACUUCACCACCACCACCACCACCGAUGACGUCACCCACCCAAAAUAAGCUCAACGUUGCCUUCGUUUCCGCUGCUUUUUCUGCACAUCGUUACGUAAUCAAUUUUUGGAUUAGUACUGGUUCACAUUAAUGGUUGUUGUUUUGACCCGCUGGGAAAGUGUCAUAUUAGAAUAUGACCACCAGAGGACGCCACAGUGUCAAAUUCGAAUGUUGAAGGAUUACUCGCUGCUCCUUUUUUUAAAUAAUUUUAUCGUUGUAUUUUUUAAAUCCACAAUUUAAUAAAUGUUUUGAUAACAUUG